CCGAGCUGAGGUCCUGUUAGGGGCACAGGUUUGGGUUUGAUGAAAUAUUAACGCGAUCGUUGAAGUACAUGUACUUUAAUUGAACUGCCGAAUCAUAUUAAUUCAGUAUAAAUGACUUAUUAAUUAAUUUUCUCGGACAGGAAAAAGACAGAUGUAUUAGGAGAAAAGAUCAACCUAAAAGGUGCCCUACCUUCCAAUUUGAGGAAGUCGUCACAGGAUCGAUAUGGAAGGAAGGUUGCGACUGACUGGUCGCAAUACGCUUUUCGGUGUUUUUAAAUGAUUGUGCAAAAUCAAAUUCCAUUAGGGGCUGAAUAGUGGAUGCAAAAUUAAGGUAUAGUGCAGCCAAACAUAUUCUGAGAGAGAAAUUGAAGGCAAGUGGCAAAUAUGUCGACUACGGUGCUGGCUGGUUCUCGCAGUAACCACGCCGAGUAUUUGCUGAAAGGCGACGUCCUAAGCAAUUAUUUCCACUCACUCUUUCAACACAAGCAAGAUGAUGCACAGAAAAAGAUAGAGAAAAGAAAAGUUCGUCGGAAGGCUCUUAAGCAGAAAGGCAAGGACAAAGGAAAAAAUAAGCCAGAGUCCAGUCCAGACUUCCAGGAACCCAACAUCCCCCAGAUCGAGCUCCAUGGCAAUGCGUCCACUUUUACAGUGUACUCUCACGUACGCCAGUCUGUGCUUGAACAGCAAGUAAAGGAAGCAGCCAAGAUUUUCUUCAAGGCAAACACUGACAAAGGGUCAGAUGAGGAAAGUGAUGAAGAUGUGGAUGACAAGCUGAAGGAGCCACCUGUCAAGGUUGCCAAGAUUGUGGGUAUAGGUUUGUGUGGAGUGUUUGAGCUGAUCAGAGAAAGCAGGACUGCUUACCCAGAGUUGUGCACCAAGGCACUGCAGGCUUUACUGGAUAUGUUACAAGGACAACAGCCUGAGGGGCUACGGAAUGAACCAGCAGAAGUGAUAGACACCAUGUACAAAUUACUCAUGGAGCUGGCAGUAGUUCAAGGGGAUUCAUCUCCCAAAGAAGGGAAUUCCUUGACAGCUCUGGCCUGUACAUGUCUCCUCAGCCUGUGUAUAGCCAGGGGAGACACAGGGAAACUGCUCAGUGCUGCCUCAGCCAUGUUAAUGAGUCCACCUCCCUUGAGGACACAGAACAUAAAAGUUCCAGGUAUACUGGUGUCUCUGCAGCGCAGUGUGCAAGCAGUUCUGCUAGGACGGACCUAUGGCCCUGAUUGGUUAACUUGUGGCAUUAGGAGGAAGGCAUUGGUCGAUAAAGUUCACCUUACAGAGGACAAAGGCCAAGGAGAGUCCCCACAUUCUGCCAUAGCCAGUGAUGGGCAGUACUUGUACAUACACACCAAGCAUGGGCUGUCUAAAGUAGGCUCAGGCUACAGUGGAACUAUCAGGGGUCAUGUGUAUGGAUGCAAUCCCAGUUUUCACAACAAAGACAGGGGCUGGCUGGAGUUUGCUAAUGAAAAGCUGUUUUAUAGAAGUCUUAUGGACAUGCAUGUUGUUCUUGCUACAGUCAACCCAGAUACAUUGAAAGAAGAAACAACCUUUCAGAUAGAGGGUGACAGCUAUGGCCCAAAUGUCAUGUUCAGUGAUGGAGACAUGGUGGGACAUGUGGCUGCUGCAAAAGAGGAUGGGUUUGUGGUGAGAACGUUCAGCCCCCUAACUUCCCCCAUGCCACUGGUCAGUGAACUGCCUCUGAAGUUGGCCAGGAAGUGCAUGGACGUGUUUGGAACAGCAGCCUAUGAUCCUGAAGCAGAGAUACACACCAUAAGCAUGGCUACAGAUGAAGAUGCCCUGUCCAUAGCUUCUGGUAGAGAGUUUGCUCUGAUGAGGACAGCCUCUGGAAAGGUCAUGUACACUGGCAAGGCCCCCUCACUGGGGAUUAAACAGGGUGCUUCUGCAGCAGGUAGCAGCAAGUGGUCAGAACUGACCAUCACAAAGAGUCCAAAGAUAGUCCAGCAUGCUGUCGGACAUGAUGGUCAGCACGGCCUCCUGGUGGCAGAUAAUGGCAGCGUUUUCUUUGUGGGUCUGGCCAAGAGAGGGGAGGAUGGAGACAGCAGUGCAGCCAAAGGUCGUCGACAAGCCAAGCCCUCCAAGCCUAAGAAGAUGAUUCGCCUAGAAGGGAAGAAUGUGGUUCAGUGUGCUUGUAACAAUGGCACUAGUGCUGUGGUCACAAAGGAAGGGGAACUCUUCAUGUUUGGCAAGGACAAUGGUCAUACAGAUGAAGCUACUGGUCAGGUGACAGACUUGAAGUUUGUGACAGUGACACAGGUCUCCCUGGGCAAAGCCUAUGCUGUCACACUCACCAACAAAGGAAAGGUGUGGACAUUUGGUAUUAACAAUAAGGGGCAGUGUGGCAGGGACUAUGUGGCUUCCAAGGAAGGAAGUAUGAAUGUGGUCAUGGCAGAUGACGAACCAGAUGAACCUGAUACGGAGGUUAACAUGUGCCGUCCCAGAAAGCACCAGUGGAAGCGCAGCCUCUGUAUGAUAUGUACUGUGUGUGGUGAAUGCACAGGCUAUGGCGCUAAUUGCUGUACAGUGGGGCAGCCUGGGAGAGAGCCUGGGGGUCCAUGUAAGUGUGGAGCUGGAGAUGCAGGGUGCUCCAUAUGUGGGUGCUGCCGCUCUUGUGCUGGAGAGACAGACAAAGAAGGAGAGCUGGAUGGGGAGCACCUGCUGCAGGUCCUGGCAAAAAACAAAGAUGUGCUUCCUAUUGAAUUGAUACUAGGAGCCAAAGUUGAAGGUCCUCACGCUGAGCCAAUUCCUCCAAAAUUUGAUGUCAAGAAACCCAAGGCAAAACCAAAGGCAAAAGCAAACAGAGAUAUGGGAGAGGGUGAGGCCAGUGCUGCCUCUUUGAUCAGUCUCCCUCCUCAGGAAAUUACAGUGGGGCCUGCUGACAUUGCUGUGACACAGGUGGCAUGUGGACUCCAUCACUCAGUUGCCUUGUUAGAGAAUGGAGAUGUGUAUACUUGGGGAAGUAACAACUAUGGACAGCUAGGGCAGGGAGACACAAUCAUCAGGGGUGUCCCUACCAGAGUGAAGUUGCCCACAACCAUUGUGCAGGUAGCAGCUGGCAGUCACCAUACGGUUGCCUUGACAACAAAUGGACAGGUGUAUACAUGGGGUAAUUAUCAGAAAGGUCAGUUGGGCCGGUCAGCCCCCGAAGAUGCCAGAGACAAGAAAACCAUGUGGUACGCCAUGCCUGGUUUGGUGGCUGGGAUAGGAAUGAAAUGUGGUCGCAGAGCCACCUGGGUUGGAGCCAGCAGUGACCAGACAUUUCUACGCAUUGAUGAGUCACUGAUCAAUGCCCAUACUUUGGCAAGGUCCACUCUGUUUGCUAACCAGUCCUGUAUAGGCUUGAUUCCUACUGGUGAAGAUGGAGGAGCAUCCAUUAAGUGUUUGAUCAUCAACAGGGCAGAUGGAAGCUGUAAAAGUUUCAAUGGUAGUGACCAGGCCGACCUCAGCCACCAUAGUGUGUGUUUGGAUCCUGUCUAUGAUGUAUUGUGGAGUUAUUCCCACAAGACACAGGAGCUGGAAUGUUACAAUGUGAUCAGCUCUGAGACCAGGAAAAUACAGGAACUGCAGCCCAAUGUGGGGGACAUCUUGAGCCCAGGGCUGGCAGUUCCAGUAAGGCAGGGGUGUCUUACUACAAGAUCUCAUAGUGCUUUACAUGUACUAGGCUGCCUGGAUACCCUGACCAGUGCCCACCAGCUGAACUUGAGUGUAAAUGAAGAGGAGAAGCAAAACCAGCCCACUAACAAAGCUUUCACCAAGGAGGACUACAAUGUGGCCAAUAGGUUUGAAAGCCAUGGCGGCGGCUGGGGUUACUCCGGUCACUCUAUAGAGGCUGUGCGCUUCAUGGCCGACAGUGAUAUCUUACUGGGAGGACUUGGACUGUUUGGGGGAAGAGGAGAGUACUUUGGAAAAAUAAAGUUAUAUGAACUUGGUCCUGAAGGAGGAGACAAUGAAAGUGGCGGAGAACUGCUAACAGAAACAGAAGAAGUUGCAUAUGAAUGUGGACCCAGAGAAAAACAUCCUCUGUUGUUUGAAGACCCAGUGCCCCUCCAGGCCAACCAUUGGUAUGUGGCCUGGGCAAGAAUAUCUGGACCUAGCAGUGACUGUGGGUCAAGUGGUCAAGCUACAGUAGCCACAGAUGACCAGGUCAUUUUCAAGUUCAAGAACUCCAAGAUGUCUAACAAUGGCACUGAUGUGAAUGCUGGACAGAUACCACAGUUACUUUAUAGAUUACCAGCUCAUGACCAUACCAGUGCAGUCAGGAAGACAGAUCACAUAGAACCUGCCCAUGUCCUAAGCAAGGACUUCUUCAAGACAGUUGUACCAGACUGUUUUGAAGCCCUCCUCCGUCUAGUGGAUUGGAGUUGGAAGACCUUCAAUGCCAGUGUCCCAGAUAUAGUGGACCUGAGGGGCAGCAACUUGACCGGUGCCCUGGCUGACCUGGACAGACUGGUCUACAUCACCACCUCAGGCCUCAGACUGGUCAGGACCUACAUUUGUGAGACCUAUCCCAGUGGACAAUCAACAGCCAAGACUCCAAAUGAGACCAUGAAAUUGGCAGAGUGUGUGGGUGAGGCCAGAGCUUUACUGAGGAAGAUACUGUCCGAGAACCUGCCCCAUGUGCAGCACCACAAAUAUAAGGAGAUGAUCAAACUGUUACUGGAGGAAUGCCACAUGACUUUUACAGCAUGUUUCCAUGCUUUUUACCCCACAGCAAACUUGAAGUGGCUUUGUCUGUGUGAACUGCUAAAUUUUACUGAGCCAAACAAUGCAGACGUGGAAGGCCUAAGCUGCCUGCUGGCAGCAGUGAUGGAAGCCCUGUGUCAGCCCACAGUAAAACUGACCAGCAUCCUGCCCAUUAACUGUGAACAUGUGAUCCAGAGGGUGCUGAAGAGACAGUUCAGUGUGGACGAUAACACUAACAGUGCUGCUCAGUCUGGAGACGUCACACGGUUCCCUCUACUGGUGGUACACAUGACACAGAGGACAGAGAUGGAGGGGAGUGGUAUUCCACAGUGUACAUUCAAAGAGGUGCUGGACAAGCUUUUAACUAUAGUAGUGCUUCCAGUCAGACAGACAUUGCAGCAGGAGCGCAUGAGCUAUCCUAGCAGCCUAGUGUCCAACACCUGCUCUCUGCUGGCGUGUAUCAUAAGUGAACUGGCUGCUACAGCUACAGGAUCAGAGGUUGAUGUGAACCCCACCAGCCGCCCUCUCCUAACCACUCCCAACCGCUUCCAGCGCACUAGCUCUAGUGCUUACUGGAACACAGGAAAUGGGAGUCCUGAUGCUGUAUGUUUCUCUGUCGAUAAGCCGGGCAUUAUGAUAGCUGGCGCCACUGUCUAUGGUGCAGGAGAGUCUUAUGAUUAUGAGCUAGAGCUCUUGGAUGAGCAAAGUGAAGGCAGUGAGCACACUCAGAGGUGGAAUACCCUAGAGAUGACCAAGGGCACCCUCACAGCAGAGGACUAUGUGGCAGACAUAGGAGAAAUCAAAUUUGACAGGCCUGUACCCAUCAAGGAAGGACAGAAAUAUGCAAUAAGAAUCAGAAACCAUGGUCCCCGUACAUUAAAUGGUGACAGUGGCAUGACAUUGGUGAAAUGUCCAGAUGGUACAUCUUUCACCUUCAGUGCCUGUUCUCUGAGUAGUAAUGGCACAAACAACAUGAGAGGACAGAUCCCUCAGAUACUAUAUUAUAGCACUGUCCAAGAAGGAGAGAAUGAGCACCAGAAUACCCGCAGCCUUCUCGAGGGUCAGUCUCGCAAGAAUGUGUUGUGGUUAGCUAAUAGUAUUAUCCGAGCGGCAGCUGACUUAUUGAACAGAGCUCAAGGACAUGCAGCGGAGAGUCUGUCAGAGACCCUGGGUAAAGCUCACAUCUUUUCUUCACUCCUACCCCUGGUUUUGGCAUAUAUUGGACCAGUGGCUUCACAAGAUCCAAGAAGUGCUGUCCAAACCCUGAGCCUAGUCCAGGAGCUGCUGCCACCUAUAGCAGCGUUGAACAUUAUCAUGGAUGCAAUUCAGGCUGAGAAAGGUGGUCCUGAAAAGGCCAAAGUUCAUAAUAGCAAUGGAGGCAAUGGGCUGAUGGAAUUCUCAACCACCUCCCAGCAUUAUGCCAUUGUGGAAAGUGACCAUCCUUAUAAACCUGCUGCUGUGGUCAACUAUAGGGUAACUUUCCCGGAGGAUGUGAAGUGGAUGUCACUGGAGUUUGCCCCAGAGUGCGGCACAGCCCAGAAUGAGGACUGCCUACAGCUGUUCAUCCCUGCUCGUUAUUCCGCCAAGCAGGUGGCCGCACACAGGCAGAGCAUGGCCGAUACUGACCUGGACACCUACUGGCCCGUGCUGAAGAAAUUCUAUGGUCAGCACAAUUGGCCGAGCAUGUCAAUUAUCCUGCCAGGCAAUGAAGUGGUUUUCUCUCUGGAGACGGCCUCGGACUAUGUCAAAGAUGACAAGGCCUGUUUCUAUGGCUUCAAGUGUGCUGUAGUGGCAUAUGAGUGGUCUGCUGUUCCAGCUGAGGGAGUGAUGCAGCUAGAGAAAGAAGUGGCCUACUUGGGGUCCAUGUGUGCAGCAUCUCUCAUGAGGAAAGACAUUCAACUUCCUGCAGCUUCAGUAGAAGAAGUAGAGGAAGACCUAGACCUGAUAGAUGAAGGGGCUCAGCAGGUGUUCAGUGCACACUCUUUUCUUCUGGGAAAAGGUCUCGCACUGUCACAACCUCCCAGUAUCAUGCAGGCAUUAGAUGGUAACCUUCCAUACAGCAGCACAUCCAAUGAGAGAGCAUUUCUCAAGGACUUUGCAUCCUGCACGCCAGGAACCAGUGGAGGGAGGCUGGCAAGGUGGCUUCAGCCAGAUUCCUACCUUGACCCUAAAGCCACUGAUAUCCAGUACAAUAGAGAAGACCUGCGCUGUAGCUGGCCUGCUGUGAUCACUGUGCAGACCAAAGACCAGUAUGCCCAGCUGGUGCAUGUGCCCAACCUGAAAGUUGAGGUUAGGGCUGUCCCAUUUGACAACAAGGAGGCAGAUGCCAACAAGAAGAUACGACGUCUGAGUAAAGCUGCUGAGGAGGCAAACCUGACAUUUGGAGGCCAUCCUGCCCCAAACCUGGAUACACAAUACGAGGUGACAGUGAAGGACAAGAAGGAUGCCUUUCAUGCUAUCACCAUGAUGAAGGCAUAUGAGCAGUACUCCUUUGAAGAGCUUCGCUAUGCUGCCCCAGCAGUGCGUCGUCCCAGUGAAAACAUGCUCGUCUGCAGCAACGGAGAUGGCACGUAUGCUUGUCGCUGGACGCCAGCCACCUCAGGCUGGUACAGUGUAUAUGUCAGUGUGGACGGCUUUGAAACAGGUGAAGUCCACAAGAUGGAGGUGAGGGAGCCACCAAUAGGACUGAACCCUCCCACUCAGCUGCCUGGGAAAAAACAACCAUAUCAGCCAAGCAAGACCAGGAAGUUUGUUGCUCAGUACAGUGCUGGUCUCAGAAUACGUCUAAAUCCCUCCCUUCACAGUGAACAGAUUGGGAUCAUCAAGCCAAGUGGUAUUAUAUCAUUCACUGAUGAGAUCCACAAUGACGACGGAGUCUGGUUGAGACUGAGCCCAGAAUCCAUCAAGACUUGGUGUAACAAUGGCUACAAUGAGGCUUGGGCCAUGCAGUACAACCAGCACCUUGGCAAGACCAUGCUGGUUCCUGUUGAAGAGCCAAAAUCCAUCCUGGAUGAGAUAAUAAAAGACACCAUCCUAAGACGCCUGCCAGAGAUUCUGCAGGAAAGAGGAAUGCGCCCCAUGUCAACGAGCAGUGACACAUCCACUGCUGGAGCUGAGAAUGCUGCGGCUGCCACAAUAACUUCAGCGCCAUCUUCUGUUGGUGCCACUGCGGCGCCAGUUCCAGCCCCCAUUGCCCAGGCACCACCUAGCUUGGCUGAGGCCACACCACCACCCCCUGUUAAACCACCAACAGGAGGCCCAGGUGUAUAUCAGGUUGUCAAGUGUGGUACAUCAGGUCAUAAUAUCAGAUGUGGUCCUGCUCUGAAAGCUACUCCUAUUGGCAUGUUGGUCCUGGGGAAUCAGUUGACAGCUGAAGAGGAUAUAGUGAAUCCUGAUGGCACCUGGAUCAAAUUGGAUGCUAAGAGCACAGCUAACUACUGCCACGAGACUGAUGGAGAGGCGUGGUCCCUGGUGCGAGGCAGUAAUGGCAUCACAUAUCUACAACAUGUGGAUGACAUCAGUGGGGAAAUAAAGGACCCCUUUGCCUUUGGUUUUGGAGCUUCUGCCCUUGGUUCCACUGCGGCACCCCCAACACUGGGAGCUGAAGGAGAGGCUGCAGGGGGUGAUGGGAAGGGAUUUGAUUUCACUUCGGCACAACACACUCCAUUCACUUUCUUUGGAGCAUCAAGUCAAGUCAAAACACCCUUUGGUGCCCCAGCCACCCCAAGCAGCCCCAGAACAGCAGCAGGUACAAGCUUCACCUUCCCAAAGAACCCAGAAGAUUACGAGGCCCUCAAAGGAGCUGCACCUUUCAAGUUAAGCAAGGAUAUGGGGGCAGACUUUGACCCCGGGAUAAAGGGACAAGAUUAUCCGUUCAGGUUCCCCAAGGAAUUUGGGGACAUGGUCCCGUCUGUGGGGCCAGGGAGGGCCACUCCUCCUCAAGUAGGAAGUGCUAUGUCCCUGACCCCGCCCUCAGGGAGGAUGGAUGGGUCAGGGGACGGCAUCGACACCCUGGGGGUGCCGGGAGUGUCAAUUAAAGAUCUGGUGAAAGCUUUAGAUCGUGGAAAAGAUUAUAAACUCCGGAAGCUGAGAAAAAUUGGAGAAACCAAAGCUAAUGGUAACCAGAGCCCGUUAGCGACACCUCCUGGAACUCCCCAGAAAGCUGCCACUCCCCCUGGCACCCCUCAGAAAGUGGCCACGCCCCCAGGCACUCCCAAAAAGAUACCCUCGAGGAGUUCCAGCCCAAAGCCCAUACCUGGUUCUUCCAAGCACACCAGUCUGCACAGUGGCUCUCCCAAACAUGAGGUAUUACUUCGAGAAAGAGUCUCGCCUAGCCCCCCAGGGACACCGUCAUCUAGUGGGGGGAAGAGGGACAGUGGGGCACAGUGGGUGACCCCUCCUCAGACACCCCCUAGGUUCAGCUCUCCACCCAGGGGAAGUCCUCAGAGAAGUUCCAGCUCCAGUCCUGCCAGGAGUGGGAGCCCCCAUAGUAGUCCUAGCAAGAAGGCUGCUGAUAAUGUCAAAGCUCACUUCAGUAUAGGAGCAGCCGGACCAAGGGAGGAAGCCAAGUCUACAUCUCCAAAGUUGGCCAGGAAAGACCGAUAUGGCAGUAGGUCCCUUCGCACUAAGAGAGAGAGGGCAUCUUCACCAUCCCCUAAGGAGACCCCAUCCACCGCCCCUCGCUCCAAGUCUCUGCCCCUUAUGCAACUGGGCAAACAAAGGCAGCCCGUAAAGCAGGCCCUAUCGCCCUCUGUGGCUGAGUGCCUGAGAGCCGUCUUUGCCUCUUUUCUGUGGCAUGAAGGGGUGGUCCACGAUGCCAUGGCAUGUGCCUCAUACCUGAAGUUUCACCCCAAUCUUCAGAAAGACGUGAGCCCCCUAGAAACUAAGAGCAAGAAAGAAGAUUUUCUAAUGAAGAAAGAUCAGGGUGGAGAUUCUGGUAGACCCGUAAAGCCAAGUUUUCCUCCUGACUUGAUUCCAGGCAAGCCAGAAGAGCAAAAUUUCAAUAAUGUUAAUGUUAACAUCAAUGAAGCUGCAUCGAAAACAGGAGGAAAAAGUGGAUUGAAAGAUGACGUUUUCUUAACUACUCCGUCACCAGGGACUAAGGAGAGACAUAAGUCUGAGAGCCACAUCCGUGAGAGUCAGGUGCGCUUUAAGUCCCCCACAGAGGAGGGUCACCAUGUGAGAUUUAAGCUGAGCUCUCCAGAUAAGGAUGUCAUGUCACCAAUCACAUCACCCAAGGAGGAGAGAGCAAAAAUGCACACCCCAGAGUUACUCCCCACCCUUCAACACCUGGUCCACCUGUGGGAAGGACUGUCACUGGCCACUCUUAGAGUCAUUCAACAAAACCAAAUCUCUGCUAGCCCUGCAGCAUCCGCCAUAAUGAGAGUGAAAAGAGAUGACAAGAAGGACUUGGAAAAGGAGAAGGAACGGAAGGUGAAGAACAGGAAGCGAGAGGGAAAGCUGUUGGAGCCAGGCAGAGGAAACCUGUUUGGAGAGGCUGCUGGGAUAUUCGGGAGCGGUGUUGAGGAGCGGAACACAGUUUGUGAGCUAUGUGGUGGGACGUACCCCUAUCCUGUGACGUACCACAUGCGUCAGUCCCACCCGGGAUGUGGUCGCCAUGCAGGGGGGCAAGGUUACAACAGCGCAGGUCACUUCUGUGGAGGCUGGGCGGGGAAUUGUGGCGACGGAGGCCUAGGGGGCAGCAGUUGGUACUUAAUGUGUGACCGCUGCCGAGAUAAAUAUCUGCGCGAGAAAAAACAGGUGCAGAAAGAGAGAAGUAAGAAAUCAAAAAAGAAAUCCAUAUCCCCAGUGAAGCAAGCUUCCCUACCGGUGCCCACUGAGCCACAUUUGAUCAUGAAAAAUAAUGCAAUGUUUCUGCUGGACUUGGACUGUGCAGCUGGGCUCAAUCUCCCAUCAAAUGCCAAGAAACAACAUGACCCAAAUCUUCGGCGUGAGUCCAGUCUGCCCAGUGUCUAUGAGGACAGCCUCCUGGAUAUUCACUCAUACCCUCUUGUACCCUUCCAGUACCUCAUGCUCAAGCAUGCUGAUGAGCACGAUUCGGCCUUUGCUGAAGACAUGAUAAUGGACUCGGAGAGCAUGUGGAGAGAGGGAAUGGAGAAAGUGGUGCCCUACAACCGCCCACGCUUGCCCACGGAGCCAAAGAUGCAUCUAAUGAAGAUUGGAAGAUUGGAGUCCUUGCCUAUAAAACAUGAGAAGAGGAUGCACGUGUCCAUGGGACCAGAGGGGAGAGCUAGGUCAGGAUCUGAAAGUGAAUCCCAAGAAAAGCCCAUGUCCAGGUCUGUGGAGAAUUCACCUGAAGAUGGCACCUACACAGCAAGGGCCAGUAGUGUCCAUUUUUAUCGCAGCAUUUCUGAGUUCCACACUGCAAGCAAUGACAAUGAAGUAGAAGACAGUAACAGCAACAUGAGCAAAAAGCUGCUCAGGAGGAGAAAUAACAGUGGGGGGUUUGGAGAGAGUGGUCUUUCUUUACUGAAACACCCCUCCAAGGCCAUGGAGACUCUGAUAUCAUCACUUGAAGGUGGACACCUUGCCAAGAGUUUGGCUGAGAAAGCACUUCAACGUCCAGUAAUGUCCUUCAUUGUCCAGCGCCAUGACUUGGACAGUUUACAGCUGGCGAUGAAGCAGGCACUCAGAAAGGCAGGCUGUAGGGUGUAUGCAAUGCAGGCUACCAACUGGUUACUUCGCAGUGUGACCCAACCCUCUUGUCUUCAUGACAUCAUGUGGUUCUUUGUUUCUUCUCUCACCACUCGCCAUGGCAAUGGGGAUGAAGAGGACAUGCACGACCACAAGGACAACCACCACAAGAAGGAACUGGAGGAAAAAGCUCUGUGUGAGCACCCGCAGUCCGAUAUCGUGAUUGGGGGAGAAGCCAUGCACCCGCUAUCUACGGCCUUCCAUGCUUUGCUGCAGAGUAUAUCUGAUGUCAUGAUGUUCUUACCUGCUGGGAGUGCAUUACAGCAAAUGGCAGUGCGUUGCUGGUGCCUAAAGUUUAUCCAGUCAGACCACCAGUUUCUUCACAAAUGUCACGUGUUUAGUAACAUCAGCCAGAUAUUGUCACGCUCAGACGAGGCUGAAAAGGCACCGCCACCUGGUGCCGGAAAGGAGAACAAGUCUGUGAGCUGUCUGAAGGAUUUGACCCUAGGGGCAGAGUGCAAAGCUUCUAGUAGGCAGGCCAUGGUGCCUAGUUUGAUGGACAACUCAACAGAGACUUUCUGGGAGAGUGGCGAUGAAGAUAGAAACAGGACAAAAUCCCUGACACUGUCUACUAUAGAGAGAGCUAGUAUUAGACAGAUAGCGGUCCAUAUAGACAACACCAGAGACUUGGGCAAUAAAGUGACUAGUGUGACAUUCUACAGUGGGUUGAACUCAGAGGACUUGAAGAAGCUGAAGCAGACGGAUCUUGAGCCGCGAUUCACUGGCUGGGUCAGCUGCCCUGUCACUGAUACUGGGUAUACUCUGGCAAAACUGGAACUGAAGGGUCCAGACAACACGCUGAGGGUGCGUCAGGUCAAGGUGCUGGGAGAGAUAGAUGGUGAGAGCUGUGUGGUGCCAGGGCAGAAGUGUGCCUACCUGAUGCAGCUGAAGAACUGUGAGAUGGAGACACUGAAAGUGUUCAGGUUGUUGACUGCACAGGUGUUUGGCCGUCUGAUCUCAGAUGAAGCUCCAUUGGAAGAGCAGAAAAAAGACGAGGUGGACAAAGGAAUGAGUGAGUGGGACACUGACCUGAAAGAACACAUGGUGGGCAUUCUGUUCAGUAGGAGCAAACUUACACACCUGCAGAAACAGGUGUGUACCCACAUCGUGCAGGCCAUCAAGAAGGAGACGGUGAGGGUGAGAGAAAGCUGGGAUUUACAGCUUAAUCAAGGGAUUAUGGUGACUGAAGAACACAACAGGUCCUCAGAUGCAUACAUAUUUGAGCUGUUGUCCAUGGUUCUUGCCUUGAGUGGUUCUAAUGUAGGGAGGACAUUUUUGGCUCAGCAGCUUGGCUUGCUGCAAGAUCUACUUAGUUUACUCCAUACAGCCACACCUAGAGUACAGAGACAGGUAGUAUCCCUGCUAAGGAGAGUGUUACCAGAGGUCCAGCCACAGGUGCUGGCCCGUCUCCUCAAUGUCCCCUCCCUCCCACCAGAAGACUUCAGUAUCAUAGCUGAGGCUAAAAAGGGUGGGGAGGAAGUGAACCUUGACCCCACAAAGCCUGGAAUUCUGGAUGUUUUCCUGAUCUGUAUCGCCAAGGCAUUGACGGUCCAGAUGAAGGUCAAGGGCAGUGGAAAGGCUGUCAAUACUGUGGAUUCUGCCACCAGUAUUCCUACUGAGAGUGUGCAAUCCAGCUCAAGAUGGUGGCUUAGAGGAGGGAUGAACAACAAACUUGCAGAAACCAUCAUUACCCUGCUUAAAGACAUGGCUUCUGGUCAGGUGUCUGAGGCAUGGGGAAGGGUCACCAAGGGGGCAGUAGCUGAGAACAUACUGAACCUCACCAAGAUGGGAGAGAACUUGAGAGUGCCAGCAGAAUGCAUUAAAACACCAACUUUGUGGCUAGCCCUGGCAUCCCUGUGUGUCCUUGACCAUGAUCACGUGGUCAGUCUGUCCUCAGGUCAGUGGAUUAGUCCAGAUGGUCAGCAGGGACAACCCAGGCCCACGUGUGAUAACCAUGACGAUGGAGAGACGUCUGCCAUCAUCUUGUGUGACAUGUGCGGCAAUCUGUGCGCUGAUUGUGACAGGUUUCUUCACCUGCACAAGAGAACUAGGUCCCACAAGAGACAGGUAUUCAAAGAGGAAGAGGAGGCAAUCAGGGUGGACCUUCAUGAAGGCUGUGGUCGUACAAAGUUGUUCUGGGUGAUGGCGCUAGCGGACUCUGCAAGUCUGAAGGCCAUGGUGGAAUUCAGAGAAGGAGACAGAGGUAAGACUCUAACCAGUGCUAUCUCCACGGGAGUGUGCCGUUUCUGUGGCAACCAGAGUUCAACAGGUCUGCUGUCAAUGGGGAAUGUGUGCUCAGACCCCGACUGUCAGGAAUAUGCCAAAACUGCCUGCAGAAAGGUGCAGUCAUGUGGUCACAUGUGUGGUGGUAUAGCCGGGGAGUAUCCCUGUCUUCCUUGCCUCCAUGGCUGUAAGAAUCCUGGACAGACUCAUGCUCUCAAACAGGAUGCUGACGACAUGUGCAUGAUAUGCUUUACUGAGGCUUUGUCUGCAGCACCAGCAAUACAGUUAAUCUGCAGUCACGUGUUUCACCUUCACUGCUGUCGCAAAGUCUUGGAGAAGGGCUGGAUUGGUCCAAGGAUAACAUUUGGGUUUGCUUCCUGUCCAAUAUGCAAGCGUGAGAUUGACCACCCAUUGCUGAAGGAUUUGCUUGAUCCUACACGCAAACUGUAUGAUGACGUGAAGCGUAAAGCCCUAAUGCGACUGGAAUACGAAGGAUUGCAUAAGAGUGAAGCUAUUACUACGGCUGGUGCGAGGUUUUACAAUGAUCCAGCAGGCUUUGCCAUGGACAGAUAUGCUUAUUAUGUGUGUUACAAAUGCAAGAAGGCUUAUUAUGGUGGAGAAGCCCGAUGUGAUGAACAGCUGGAGGGCGGAGAUGACUACGACCCCACUGAACUGGUGUGUGGUGCUUGCUCCGAUGUCUCAAGGGCACAGAUGUGUCCCAAGCACGGUACAGACUUCUUGGAGUAUAAGUGUAGAUAUUGCUGCUCCACAGCUGUCUUCUUCUGCUUUGGUACCACCCAUUUCUGCAAUGCAUGUCACGAUGACUUUCAGAGGGUGACCAACAUCCCCCGCUCUGACCUGCCCACCUGUCCUGCAGGUCCACGUGGUAAACAGCUGCAAGGAGACGAGUGUCCACUGCAUGUGAAGCAUCCUCCGACUGGGGAAGAGUUUGCUCUCGGUUGUGGGGUAUGCAGAAAUGCACAUACAUUUUAGAUCCAGAAGCCGAAGCCUAAAUGAACUGGAUGAUUUUACCAGCAGAUACAAAUAUGACUUUUUGAAUGUGAAGAUGUGUUAUAGUUCAAGCUUCUUCUUGAUAUUGGAAUGAGGAACUAUGAAAAACUAACACAUUGACAUAAGAAACAGAAAUGUUUAAAAUUCUUACUUUGGAAAGACAAGAUUUUAAAUGAUAAUCCACAUUUUUAAAUUUGUCUUUACAACAUAUAGUCAUUUUACUAUAUGGAUACAUAUCCAUGUGAAACUUCCUUCAGAAAAAGCUAUGGUUUGUAAAACUGUGAUCUAGAUUUUUCAAACUUUUGUUGUUCCAUGCAUCUGAAUCAUUUGAAAAAUUAUAAAAUAUAUCGCAAAAAAUAAAAAACGCAUAGAUGAAAUAAAUUGUGAUUCCAAAUGGGGUCAAUAUCAUAUCAGUGACUUUUAAAAGAAUAAAAUCAUGAAAAUAUAAUGUAGUCUCAUAAAAAUGAAUUAUAACUGAGCACAACGGCAGAAGAGAAAAAAACUUUAGAGUCUGAAAAUUGACAUGGAGAUUAAAUACCCCGUGUGUAGUUUAAAAAAACAGCAUGACAUAUGUAAGCAAUUGAUAAUGCUUGCAAUACUGAGUUUUCACCACCUGUUCUAUUGACACUGCUGUAAAAUAAAGAGUAGCACACAAAUUAAACAAGCAUACCUGCAUCUGCAGUAGUAUAUCCAGAGUUGGACAAGACCUUUGUGUGAUAUUAUUUAGUGUUCUUAUAAUAGAUUAAGUAUUCUCUUUACCAACAAUGAAUUUUAUGUAAACUUAAUCAAUAAAGAUGAAGAAUAUGAUAGAUA